AAUCCCCGAAGAAAUAGGGAAUCUUUCACAGCUAGAGGUGUUGAGCCUCACAGACUCCGCUCUGACCGGAAAUAUUCCAUCUUCAGUGUUCAACAUAUCUUCAUUGAAAUGCAUGGACCUCUCUAACAAUAGUUUGUCUGGAAAUAUCCCAACUUUUCACCAUCUUCCAAAGUUAGAGGAAUUAUAUCUGUUUCAUAACAAUUUACAAGGUUGGCUGCCAAGUGAUGUGUGCAGCAGCAAUAUGUCAAGCAUCAAAACACUUGAACUCUAUGAGAAUCAACUUGAAGGGAAAAUUCCACGAAAUAUAUGGAAAUGCACACAUCUUGAGUACUUGAUAUUAUACGACAAUAAUUUCAGUGGUAACAUCCCGUUAGAAAUUGGAAACAUGAGCAUGCUUAGGGGGUUGGUUUUGGGUAUGAACGACUUUCAAGGAGAAAUUCCAGCAGAAAUAGGGAAGCUUACACGACUAGAGACAUUAAAUAUUGCAUACGCCUCUCUAACUGGAAAUAUCCCAUCAUCCAUUUUCAACAUAUCUUAUUUGACAGAACUGGAACUGAGCUACAACAGCUUAUCUGGUACUCUUCCUUCAAAUUUGGGGAUUUCACUUCUCAAUCUUGUAUGGUUUUCUUUGGGUUAUAACAAACUUGAUGGUCCAAUUCCAAGCUCUAUCAACAAUGCUUCUAAACUUACCAUUUUGUACAUGGACAACAACUACUUCACUGGAUCCAUACCAGACUUUGGCAAUUUGAAACGCCUACAACGUAUAUUUCUCAAUCAGAAUACUUUGCGUGGAGAGGAAUCUUCAACCCAGGAGUUGACAUUUCUCUCUUCGUUAACCAAAUGUCGAGAUUUGAAGUACUUGGCAGUAUCACAAAAUUCAUUGAAUGGUAUCCUACCUGCUUCUAUUGGGAACUUUUCCUCUUCUCUUCAAAGUAUUUGGGCAGAAAACAAUCACAUCAAAGGUUUCAUUCCUUCUGAAAUUGGAAACUUAAGUAGUGUAUUGUUUAUUGACCUGGGAAAUAAUCAGCUGCGUGGACCCAUUCCACCAUCAAUUGGGAAUAUGAAGAAACUACAGAGAAUGGUUCUUUAUGAAAAUAAGUUGGGAGGGUCUAUCCCUAACGACGUUUGCCGAAUGAAUAGUUUGGGGGAAUUGUACCUUAGUGAAAACAUGUUGGUUGGUCCAAUACCUGAAUGUUUGGGUGAAGUUAAAUCCUUGAGAUUGCUCAACUUAAGCUACAACCAGUUGAACUCCACCAUCCCUCCCAACUUGUGGAAUCUUUCCGACCUCUUGGAAUUGAGCUUGUUCUCAAAUUAUUUGAACGGUCAAUUGUCAUCACAACUCGGAAAUUUGAAGUCAAUCUACUAUCUAAAUUUGGCCUGUAAUCAAAUUUCAGGUUAUAUCCCUAGAUCAAUUGAUAGUUGCCAGUCAUUAGAAUAUCUCUACUUAUCAAAUAAUUUAUUGGAGGGAUCUAUUCCCCAAUCCUUUGGAAAUGUUAGAAAUUUGAGAGCACUAGAUUUAUCUUACAACAACCUUUCUGGAUCUAUACCCAAGUCAUUAGAAGACCUUCAUUUUCUUGAGUAUUUCAAUGUUUCUAAUAACAAAUUGGUGGGGGAGAUUCCAGAUGGGGGUUGUUUUGGUAACUUGAGUGAUAAGUCUUUUUCCAACAACCUUGCCCUUUGUGGUCCAAUAAGAUUUCAAGUUCCACCUUGCACAAAAGUUCAUCAUAGAUCAAGAAGCUUGAAGAAAUUGAUGGUGCCUUUAGUGAUUUCAGUUGGGAUUAUGGUGAUUGUCAUCCUCGUGUUUCUAAAGAAACUUAAACCGAAGAAAUCACCACUGCUUCCCAAUGCUAUUUUGCCGGUGACGGAAUACAGAAAAGUGUCUUAUAUGGAACUACAACAGGGAACAAGUGGUUUUAAUGAGAGCAACCUUCUUGGAAGAGGAAGUUUUGGUUCGGUAUUUGUAGCAACACUUUCUGAUGGGUUGAAAGUUGCAGUAAAAGUUUUCAACAUGCAACUACAAGGAGCAGAAAAGAGCUUUAAUACUGAAACUGGGAUACUUGGGAGCAUUCGACACAGAAACAUAGUUCGAGUUAUUGGAUGUUGCAGUAGCCCAGAGUUUAAAGCAUUGGUUCUCACAUAUAUGCCGAAUGGGAGCUUGGAUAAAUGGUUAUAUUCCAACAUGCGUUGUCUAGAUCUUAUCCAAAGACUGAAGAUAGGAAUAGACGUUGCGACAGCCUUGGAAUAUCUUCACCAUGGCCAUACAUUCCCAGUUGUCCAUUGUGAUGUAAAGCCGAACAAUGUUUUGCUCGAUCAAGACAUGGUCGCUCAUCUUGGUGAUUUUGGCAUUGGGAAGCUUUUUGACAACGAAGAAGUUGUCGUCCAAACACAAACAUUGGCGACUAUCGGCUAUGCAGCACCAGAGUUGGGAAUGGAAGGGAGAGUAUCCACACAUGGAGAUGUGUACAGUUACGGGAUAAUGUUGCUCGAGAUGUUUACAGGGAAGAAGCCAACAGAUGAUAUGUUUGAUGGGGAAAUUAGGUUGAAAGAGUGGGUAAGUGAAUCAUUACAUGAAAACUCAGUUCCUAUUGCACCCGCUUUGCAAUCUAGCGAAGAUCAGGAUUUCUGCGCAAAGGAGCAAUGUGUGUUGUCAAUUUUUGAGCUGGCAAUGAAAUGUUUAGCCACCGCACCUAAUGAAAGAAUCAACAUGAUUGAAGCAACGACUACUCUUCAGAGGAUCUAUGCAACAAUGGUAACAGAAAAACGUCGUCCACCAUAUGCCUUUUCUGUUACUAUUCGCGAUAAUGGGUUAUGAUGCUCGUACCAUAGUGAACUUAUAUUGUGUACAAACUAUGUCAAUAGUUCAUGUGGCAUGUAUAAGUUGUGAAGUUGGAAUAUGUGAGGAUGUUAUAGUAAGAGUGGGAAUGUGGAGGUGAA